AUGGCGAACGACGAGUACGAUUUCCUCUUCAAGGUCGUUUUGAUCGGAGACUCAGGCGUCGGCAAAUCAAACUUGCUGAGUCGUUUCACUCGCAACGAGUUCAAUCUAGAUUCAAAAUCCACCAUCGGUGUCGAGUUUGCGACCAGAUCCAUCCAAGUGGACACAAAGACGAUCAAGGCACAGAUCUGGGACACGGCGGGACAGGAGAGAUAUCGUGCUAUCACGUCUGCCUACUACCGAGGAGCAGUCGGUGCCCUCUUGGUCUACGAUAUCAGCAAGCAUCAGACCUAUGACAAUGUCACGAGAUGGUUGAAAGAGCUGCGGGAUCACGCGGAUGCCAACAUUGUCAUCAUGCUAGUUGGAAAUAAGAGUGAUCUACGACAUCUACGUGCUGUUCCUACAGAAGAAGCCAAACAAUUCGCCAGUGAAAACAAUCUCUCGUUUAUCGAGACUUCAGCGCUGGAUGCGAGCAACGUCGAACUGGCAUUCCAGAAUAUCCUAACAGAAAUCUAUCGGAUCGUCUCGAGCAAGGCUCUUGACAACGGCGACGCAGCGCAGGCACCAACUGGCGGUGUGAAGAUUGACAUGACUCCUUCAGGAGCCCCAGAUGCCAAAGGUAACAAGUGCUGUUAA